CUGUUGGCUCUUGGGCGGUGCCUCGACCGGAACCGGAAGUCGGCCUCGAGCCAGGCGGGGAAGCCGGCGUCCGACCCGUCAGCAGCCUGCGGUGGUCGCCAGGGGCGGCGGCUGCGCUGCUCCCUGCUAGGCGGUCCCGCGGGCGGGCGGCCCGAGGGCGCGGCACCAUGAAGCUGUACAGCCUCAGCGUCCUGUACAAAGGAGAGCACAAGGUGGUGCUGCUCAAAGCCGCGUACGACGUGUCCUCUUUCAGCUUCUUCCAGAGGUCCAGCGUCCAGGAGUUCAUGACCUUCACAAGUCAGCUGAUCGUGGAGCGCUCGGCAAAGGGCAGCAGAGCGUCUGUCAAAGAGCAAGAAUACCUGUGCCACGUCUACGUGCGAAACGACAGUCUCGCAGGAGUGGUCAUCGCUGACAGCGAGUAUCCAUCCCGGGUGGCCUUUACCUUGCUGGAGAAGGUACUGGACGAAUUCUCCAAGCACGUGGACAGGAUAGAGUGGCCCGUCGGGUCCCCUGCCAGCAUCCAGUACACGGCCCUGGACAACCACCUGAGUCGGUACCAGAACCCGCGAGAAGCCGACCCCAUGACUAAAGUGCAGGCCGAGCUGGAUGAGACCAAGAUCAUUCUGCACAACACCAUGGAGUCUCUGCUGGAGCGAGGGGAGCGGCUGGACGACUUGGUGUCCAAGUCCGAGGUGCUGGGAACGCAGUCCAAAGCCUUCUACAAGACAGCUCGGAAACAGAACUCGUGCUGUGCGAUCAUGUGACGGCAGCCCGCGGAGGCCCCCGUGCCGAGCCGCCCUGGCCGUUCGCAUCAGAACCGCAGUCCCUGGAGAAGCAGAGCCACCGUGGAGAGACCCGCGUGGGGACACAUUUUCACUUGGGAGCUCCUGGCAGGAACUGAGGGGUCGUGGAAGGGCCUGGGGCUUGGGAACAUUCAAAUUUACAUGUCCGGUGAUUUUUGAAAAGCUCAUUGGAGGCCCCUGAUGGCGUGUUCGUGGGCCAGAUGAAACCAUAAAUUCGAAUGACUCACAUA